AUGGAGAAGACAAUGUACGACACAACGUUGCUGGCAAUAAUCCCAUUGCAUGAUCUAAAAAAGACAUAUGAAGGCCUCCCAAAUGGAACACCCUUGUCGAUUGCCAACCAAGGGGGAUUGCUAUUUUUUAGGGAGUUGGCAGUGAAAGAGGGAAGUUUUAUGCCUAUCCCUGAUUUAAGGGACCCAAUGUCAUAUAAUUCAUUCUUGCCUCACCCUUUGGCAUCAAAAACCCCAUUUUCCUUUGCACAAAUUGAGGAAUUAAAGAGUAUGUUUGGUGUGGCGGAUGAUUCAAAUCUAGAUAAAUAUAUUCAAGAUACCCUCAAGAUAUGUGAGGAAAGCUCCAUAAGAUGUGAGCAGUGCACCUAUGCUACUUCUAUUGAGGAUCUCAUUGAUUUUGUUGUUGAGAAAUUAGGGCACCAUGUAAGCACAUGGAGUAUUGAGAAUGUUGAAGGAUCUUAUGAGAAUGUCACAAUUGGAGUUGUGAAACUAAUAUAUGGAAACUUUUCUGAACCACCAGUCAUAUGUCAUAGUCAGCCAUUCCUAUUUCAAGUCUAUUUUUGCCACAUUUUACAAAAGGUGAAAGUAUAUGCAGUUGAUAUACAUGCUCAUAAGAAGGUGAAUCAUGCGAUCAUGGCAUGCCACUAUGACACAACUUGGAAUACAAACCAUCUUGCUUUUAAGCUGUUGGGUAUUGGCCCAGGCCUAAUUGAAGUCUAUCAUUGGAUAAACAAGAAUGGAGUAGUUUGGACAAAGACUCUAGUUUGA